AUGCACACCCGCAUAAUUCCAUACCACCUCGUAGCUACCGACUCUGACGAAACCAAGCGCCUUCAAGACACAGCGCACCCAACGUUCCGCUCCCAGCGUUUUAACACUGCACACCACACACGCCUUGAUAUCUCUGCCAUCGUCCCGGAGUCACCCGUCUUCACUCACGAACAGCCUCCGUGGACGGCCUACGGCUAUACGCUAUGGCACCCACUCAUCAUCCGCAGUCAGGAGAUGGCCUCCAGCCACAUCGUCACAAUCCCGAGUUUCUUGUCCGACGAUAUGAUGCGCUGCCACGCCUCAUGGAUCAGGACGAACCGCUUCCCUUUCUCGCUCGUCGCCGAAACCGUCUCAACAUGGAAAAGCACACAGCAUGGCCAAGCCCUGCUGCCUCUCCUCGAUGAUAAGCAAAAAUGGUUCAUCCGCCUCGACCAGAUGUCACCUAAGGACAGCCCGUUUGGCGGCAAAGAACCAAGCUCCACAUUCGAGGAUGUGGUGGUCAAAAUUUGCAGCAGCAUGCGCGCGUGGGGCUGCCUGCAGCGCGAACAGCUAGAAGCUAAGCAGCAAAAUAGGGAAAUGAAGAUCCAGCUGGUGCUGAAUGCCUGGGACGACGCCAUGGAUCCCAGGCGCGAGUUCCGCGCCUUCGUGCCCCCGCCUACGGCUCGCGGCGCAGCGCGCGACGUAACUCAACUCCAGGUCACCUGCGUGUCGCAGUACCACUGGCCGCUCCCGCUCGAGUGCGCUUUUGGCUUCAGUCUGCAAGAACCAGCGCGCUUGGUGUGUGCGGGUGCGAACGGAGUACUCCAGAGCAUCAAGACGUUCAUGCAGGAUGAGAUGAGCGUGCAGGUCACGGGCUUGCUGCUGCAGUAUGGAUUCAGUUUCGAUGUUGCGCUGCAACGGGAUGGCACUGUGCGGCUCGUAGAGGUCAAUCCGUCCGGGGCGCUCAGCGGGUGUGGGGCUUGUCUGUUCAACUGGGUCAGUGAUGGGAGGGUGAUGUAUGGGUUGGACGAGGAUGUGGAAUUCAUUGUUACCAUGGAUGAGGGCGGGGGAUGA